AUGCCUCUAUAUGCAAAAUUCUUGAAAAAGCUCAUCAACAAAAAGAGGAGUUGGCAAGAGAAGGAAACAGUGCUGCUCACUGAAGAAUGCAGGGCAUUAAUUCAAAAAGGGCUUCCACACAAACUUGAAGAUCUUGGAAGUUUCCUUCUACCUUGUACCAUCAGCAAUAUGGUCAUCAACAAGGCAAUGUGCGACUUAGGGGCUAGUAUUAAUUUGAUGCCCUCUUCUCUGGUGAGAAAGCUGUGCAUAGAGGAAGUGAAGCCAAUACAAAUGUCUCUAGAAUUAGUGGACAAGUCAGUGAUCUAUCCCAGGGGUGUGAUUGAAAACCUUCUAGUUAAGGUGGACAAAUUUAUAUUCCCUGCAGACUUUGUGGUCUUAGACUCAGAUGAGGAUGAAGGUGAUUCUAUUAUACUUGGAAGACUAUUCUUGGCCACAGCUAGGGCCAUUAUAGAUGUGGAGCAAGGAGAGCUGACCCUCAGAAUGCAUGAUGAAAGCAUCACUCUGAAUGUAUUUCCAGAAAUAUAG